AUGACGUCGCUACAGGUGGAUGAGGAUCAGCCAAUCGGCACCACAGUGUUGACCUUGGACGUGAGCGACUCUGACGCCGGUACGGACGGUGACCUAACCUACACCAUCACUGAUGGGAACACGGGCUCCUACUUUGAACUUGACCCGAAGACGGGAGUGCUGGUGGUCAGUAAGGGUCUGGACUUCGAGACGGCGGGAGGGACGUACAACAUCAGUAUCCAGGCGGUGGAUGGCGGGAACCCUGCCCGCAGCGCGGACUCGUACGUCCUGGUCACCAUCGGGAACGUGAACGACAACCCACCAUCUUGUACCCAGACCACGUACGUCGUCCAAGUACCCGAGGACGAGACCCCCAACCUCAUUCCUGGUUUUGUCGACAUGGACUGUUCCGACAGCGACGGUGACAUACUUACAGACACCAUCAUUUCCGGAGACCCUGCCGGCAAAUUCAUUAUCAGGCCAAACGGCGCAUUCUUCACGAUCUUCCCCGGCAGUGCAUUGGACUAUGACGACCCCAACUCCACACCUCGGUCGUACGAUCUGAUCGUGCAACUGAGCGAUGGCACUACGGCUAUAGAAGUGCCGGUCGUCAUCGGCGUCACUCCGGUCAACGAAGGCGCUCCGACCAUCACCGACGACACGGUCACUGUUUCCGAAAACACGCCGAUUGGUGACGUCAUCUAUGACGUCGAUGAUUCUGACCCAGACGCCGAUGACCAGGCCCAUGGUAUCGUGACGUAUGCAAUCACGGGGCCGGCUACACACCCAUUCCGGAUAGACUCUUCCACAGGCGAGAUCUCUGUGGCAUCUACACUGGAUUACGAAACAUCGACCAGCUAUGACCUUGAAGUUGUGGCAACGGACGGCGGCGGGCUGGCCUCCACUGCCACGGUCACGAUCAACUUCGACGGCGUGAACGAGUUCUACCCCACGUGCACAUCUUCUGCGUUCGGUGUAUCAGUGAGUGAAACUGCGGCCGUCGGAGCUCUUGUCGUCGAUUUGGGCUGUACUGACAGUGACAGCGGCUUCGACGGGUUUUUAACCUACACAGCGACGCAGACUCCGUCUACAAAAUUCGACGUUUCGACGGGACAGAUUCGAGUGUCAACUGCGUUAGACUACGACGGAGGAGAAACGCUGUAUUCCCUUGUCAUCCUGGUAAACGAUAACUCAGUAAUAACGGCGAAUCAGAAAACAACUACACUUACAGUCACCAUUGAAGUUACCCCCGAAAACGAAGACACGCCGUCAUUUUCUACCUUGGUAUUUCCGCUAACCCUGUCUGAAGACAUCAGUAUUGGUAGUACCAUCAUUGACUUGGAUGCUACAGAUACAGAUGCCUCAAAUCAGGCCCACGGCAUUGUGACGUAUAGCAUUACGUCAGGGGAUCCCAAUGGAGACUUCAGCAUCGACCCGAGCAGCGGAGUGAUCGUGACGAACUCGCCCCUAGACUGGGAGACCACUCCGCUGUACCCGCUCGAGGUGUGGGCUACAGACGGCGGCACCCCGGCGCUGAGCUUAUCCACGUCCGUUAUAAUCAUUCUCGACGACGUAAACGACAACACGGCGCAGUGCGUGCCCGCUGUGUUCUCCGAGACGGUGUCAGAGAGCGAGGCGGCGGACUACGUUGUGACGUCGCUCUCCUGUACCGACAGCGACGGGGCGUUCGGAGUCCUGACCUACUCCAUCUCGGCUGGCGAUACCAACCAGUUCUACAUGAAUGGGUCCGACCUACUGCUGACCACGCCGCUGGACUAUGAUGCAGUUCCGAGACAAUACAACCUGGAGAUCACAGUCGCAGACAACGGCUCUCCGCCCAACUAUGUCGUCAUCCCCGUUACGGUACACGUGGACCCCGUGAACGAGUUUCCUCCGGUCUUCGCUCUCUCCGGGGACGUCGUUCUCAGCGUCGACGAGGACUUCACCGUGAACGAUCCCAUCACGAGCGUCGCCGCUACGGACGCAGACUCUGACGUCAACGCUCAUGGACAGAUCACCUAUACUAUUCUGUCAGGAAACAUCGAUGCAAAGUUUAGUUUAGACUCCGACACAGGUAUCCUAUACUUAGUAGACGAGUUAGACCGAGAAACCAAGGCGUCAUACAACAUUGUAGUUCAAGCCUCGGACGGAGUGCUUUUCAACGCCGGAACACCUAACACAAUCACCAAGUGGGUCAACAUAACCGUUAACGACAUCAACGACAACGAGCCACAGUGUACGCCUUCCCAUUACGCUGUUACAUUUAACGAGAGCACGGCCACGGGAACCUUGAUAACAACCGUCACGUGCCAGGAUCUGUUUGACGCUGGAACGAACGCACAGAUUCAGUACUUCUUCUCCGGGUCUGGGAACGUCGGCAACGCGUUUGCCAUCGACCAAACAACCGGGCAAAUCACUCUCCAGAAUCCGCUGGAGUACGAUUCUAGCUCCGAUCCACAGUCAUACUCGCUUACGGUUCAUGCGGUAGACCAGGGUACUACAAAGCUAACGGGGACGGCUCUUGUUACGGUAGCAGUGAGCCCGUGGAAUGAAGACACUCCGCAGUUUUCAGAGACCGAGUACGUGGUUUCCGUGUCGGAAGACACCAGUCUUGGCACUUCCGUUCUUCAAAUCAUAGCGACGGACACCGACGCAGGAGAUGACGGCGUUGUUCACUUCAGCAUGGCCGCUCACAGUACUUUCCUGCUAGAAGAAACCACGGGUUGGCUAGUUCUUAAAUCCGCACUAGACAGAGAAAGUACGUCCUUAUACUUCCUACAGGUUACAGCCACGGAUCAACCAGCCAACCCAGCGGACGCCUUGUCAGCUGAAGUAAACGUGACUAUUAUCAUCACAGAUGUGAACGACAAUGCCCCUAUCUUCCCUACUUCAGCAUACCAGGUCACGCUUAACGAAAACGACGCAGUCGGCACGUUUGUAGUACGGCCCACCGCGUUCGACUUUGACUCCGGUAUCAACGGAAUUCUAUACUACGCCAUUACUGGGGGAAACACAAAUACGGACUUCUCUAUAGAUCAGUUCGGUAUCAUCACCACAGCCCGAGCUCUUGAUUACGAGACAACCACGUCCUACUCCUUGACAGUCACCGCAACGGAUCAGGGCUCAACACCUCUCUCUGCAACCACACAGGUUGGUAUCACAAUCACCCCUUACAACGAAUUCGAUCCAGCGUUCGGACAAGCUUCUUACAGCAUCGCCAUUGACGAAGACACGGCUAUCGGAAUCUCUAUUGGUCAGGUGACCGCCACAGAUGCCGACUAUGGCUCAAAUGGACUGCCUGAUGAUGUAACGUACAGCUUCGCAGCCACGAGCACGAAGUUCUACAUUGAUGAGUACACGGGUGACAUCAGGGUGAAGGGUGCGCUAGACAAGGAGACCCAAGACACGUACACGUUAACAGUUGUAGCGACGGAUUCUGGUACCACUCCAGCCGUCAGGUCUAACAGUGUCACCCUUACAAUUACCAUAGGAGACACCAAUGACAACGCCCCGGUGUUCAGUCCGGCAGCGUACACCGCCGAAGUGCCCGAAAACGCAACCGUCGGCUACAACGUCGUCACCGUUAUCGCCAGUGACAGCGACCUGGGAGUUGGUGGUACGCUGGAUUACAACAUCGUCGCCGGUAACGCUCCGGAUAACAUCUUUGCCGUUGAUUCAAGUGGCAACGUGUUCGUUACCUCCAUAGCAUAUCUGGACUAUGAAACCACUACAGUUUACACACUGUCCGUGACCGCUACCGACCAGGGCACGCCCAAGUUAACAUCCACCGCCAGGGUAGGCAUUCAAAUCACCGCAAACAACGAGUUCGACCCAGUCUUUUCAAACGGAGGCUACUACACAGCUACAAUCUCCGAAGACGCCAGUCUUAGUGACGCGGUGGUUCGCACCACAGCUUCUGAUGACGACGACGGUUUGGAUGGUGACGUCACCUACUUCAUCACAUCCGGGAACUCUGGCGGCAACUUUGCGAUAGAUUACGUCACAGGUUGGAUAACGGUGGAUAAAGAGCUCGACCGUGAGGUGACCAGUUCUUACGUGCUGACAGUUACGGCGUACGACGGAGGGUCAUCUCCGAGUAGGUCGGCAGACGCGACUGUCUACGUGACCGUGGAUGACGUUAACGACAACGUUCCUUCAUGUACGGGCUACUACUACGACCAGACACUGGCAGAAUCCGUACCGGCCGGAACGUCGUUGCUGCAGCUGACCUGCAGUGACCCAGAUGAAGGCGUGAAUGGAGACCUGACGUACACCAUCUCGUCAGGUGACCUUUACGGACAGUUCAACGUUGACAGUACCGGGCAGCUGACCGUCAGCACGGGACUGGACUACGAGAACACAACGCAAUAUCAACUCACCAUCACUGUUGCAGACAAUGGUUCUCCUUCCCUGUCCACGGAGGUGGCCGUAACCAUGGAGAUAACCGGAGUGAACGAGUUCCAGCCGGUUUUCACCCUGAACCCGUACAGUGUCUCCAUCAACGAGAACAUCUCCCUCGCCACGUCCAUACUGGCUGUCUCCGCUCAGGAUGAUGAUGCUGGAACACAGGGAACACCAGGUGAAAUAAAGUAUUACAUCACAUCCGGGAACCAAGACGGAGCCUUUAGUCUGGACUACCUGUCUGGUGACCUGAGUACUGCAGCUGUCCUGGACAGAGAGGCAUUAGAUACAUACGUACUGACAGUUGUUGCCGUUGACGGUGGAACGUCGCCGCAGAGGUCAGGCACCAGUACCGUGACAAUCACCGUCGAGGACGCUAACGACAACACGCCGUCCUGCCAGUCUACCUACCACACAGUCACCGUACCCGAAAACACAACUCUCAACACCGUGUUACUCACAGUAAACUGCAGCGACAAUGACAUCAACCAAAACACCCAACUGACGUACACCAUCGUGAACGGCAGCGAUGGAAGCAUUACCAUGUCGCCUAGCAACGCUGAUGUUUAUCUAGCGGCAUCCUUAGACUACGAGACCACCGACGGCUACUACAUCCAGGUGGAAGUGAGCGACAAUGGAUAUCAAAGUGACACUGCGACUGUUUAUGUCAGUGUGGAAGUGACUGGGGUGAACGAAGCAGCACCCGUAUUUGUGAACCCCAGCUAUCAGGUAAGCGUUGCUGAGAACGAAACAGCAGGAGUGGUCAUCCUUCAAGUUAACGCUGCAGACUCUGACUUAGGGGAUGACGGUCGGUUCACAUACAGCAUAACGGGUGGGAACAAUGCGGGGAUGUUCGAGAUCAGCGCCACGAAUGGACAAAUAGGAAUCAAGCGACGUCUGGACAGAGAAGACACUGAUUACUACGUGCUCACCGUCACGGCCACCGACAUGGGAUCUCCAGCGCUAUCCAGUAGUGUCUACGUUUACGUUAACGUCACUGACGUGAAUGACAACCAGCCUUCAUGUUCUUCAUACGUCGUGAAUAUUGAAUUGGACGAAGAUGUCAACGUGGGAACAACAUUGGCGUCCUUUAAUUGUACGGACCAAGACAUAAGUAAUAACGCCGACUUAUCGUACAGUAUUGUCAGUGGUGACACAACUAGCCGGUUUGCGAUGGUACUGAACGAACUCCAGGUUCUAAACUUAGAUUACGAAGGUGAUGACUGGUACUACUUGACACUGGCUGUUGUUGACAAUGGAUCUCCCGCUCUCAGUGCCAACAUUACUGUAUCUGUACACGUUAACCCCGUGAACGAAUUUACCCCUGUGUUCAACGAUUCGUCCUACUCAACCAACCUGUACGAGAAUAUAACCAGCGGGACUGUGGUAGUGACCGUCGGCGCCACAGACGGCGAUAGGUCCGACCAAGCCCAAGGCAUGGUCCGCUACUCCAUCGUGUCGGGAAAUACGGGAAACAAGUUCUCCAUUGCCGACGAUACGGGAGAGAUAUCUGUUGUGAGACCUCUCGAUCGUGAGACUACGGACUUCUACAACCUAACGGUGAGAGUACACGAUAACGUAUACGGAGGACUCCCACAACUCACCGCUGACGUCCAGGUGGAAAUCACGGUGUUGGACGUAGACGAUAAUGCUCCCAGUUUCGAGCCCGAAUCGUACACCGUAAGUGUUGUUGAGGGUGCCGCAGUAGGUACACAGUUGGCCGUGCUUACCUACACUGACGCAGACGAUGGCGUCAACGCUAUUUCCGUUCUGAGUGUCACUUCUGGAAACGGGACGGGCCUCUUUUCACUCGCCGGAAACACCCUAUCCCUGCUAGGGCCACUAGACUAUGAGACGGAGCAGCAAUACGUACUGACCAUACAAGCGACUGACGUGCUGGAACCAUCAUUCACGGAUACAGCAGAAGUGAUCGUCAACGUCAUAUCCGAAAACGACAACCAACCAGUGUUUGCCGUGGACAACACAACGAUCAACGUGUCCGAAGACGCCGCGCUGGGAACUGUCCUAUACGACGCUAACGCCACAGACAGUGACCUGGGAGAGCACAGUGAGCUAACCUACUCUAUCGUGUCCAGUAGUUCUCCCACCUUCCUCAUAGACAGCGUCACGGGGGCAGUGAGACUUGGCGCAGCACUAGACAGAGAAACACUCUCGUCUUACGUAGUGAACAUAACAGCGGAAGACAUCGACUACUACGACUUUAUGUUGUUGUACGUCUUCGUCACGGACGUGAAUGACAACAAGCCUGCCAUGACUAACACCGUGUAUUCGGUAACAGUUGACGAGAACCAACCAAUAGGAACAAUCCUCCUGACAGUUUUGGCUACAGAUCCUGACGAAGGCAACAACAGUGACAUCACUUACACUACCCGCGGCUCUGACGCAAGCUUCUUUUACGUCAACAGCACAACCGGUGACGUAUCUAGCCAGAACACACUGGACUUCGAAACUAGGAAGUCGUAUUAUUUCUUCGUUAGAGCAUAUGACAAUGGGUCCCCACAGCUGUAUUCCUCUUGGUCCGGGGUGCAGAUUAUAGUAAACGAUCUCAACGACAACAGCCCAGUGUUCUCUCCCACCACUUACCCAGCAUACACUAUAUCAGAAGACUCCUCAUACCCUGUAGACCUGUUAGCAGUGUACGCGUCUGAUGCAGACUCAGGAAUAAAUGAUGACAUUACUUACUCCAUCGCAUCAGGAGAUCUCAAUAAUCAAUUCCAGAUAAACCAAGAUGGCGUCCUAAGUCUCGUCGAUGCCCUUGACCGCGAGGUCAAUGCCCUCUAUUUCCUUACCAUUGCUGCUACGGAUGGAGGAUCACCACCACAGUUUUCUACGGCUGUAGUUGUCAUUACAGUAGAAGACGUCAAUGACAACGCGCCAGUCUUUGCACAAUCUUCCUACACAGAAUACGUAGACGAAGAUGUCACACUAUACACCACAGUACUAACUCCCGUGGCCACAGACCCAGACAGUGGGUUAAACAGUGAAAUCUCAUUCUCUAUUCUGUCUGGAAAUGACGGCAACAAAUUCAGCAUUGAUCCUAUCUAUGGAUACAUAUUCACUAUCGGCUCGUAUGACAGAGAAGUACAAGACACAUACAACCUAACAAUUCAAGCCCAAGAUGGAGAAAGUCCCUUCUACACCGCCACGUCAGUUGUGUACAUCAGAAUUGUGGACAUAAACGACAACGCCCCUGUCUUCGGACAGUCAACCUACCAAACAGAUGUUAACGAAGACGUCGCCGUUGGAACUUCCGUGAUCACGCUCAGCGCUAAUGACGUCGACAACGGCACGAACGGAGAAGUCAACUAUUUCAUGUCGGACACGUCCGUUCCUUUUACACUUGACAACACGACAGGUGUGCUUUACACAAGCGGUAACCUUGACCGCGAAAGCGUCUCCUCCUACAGUUUCUUAGUGUACGUGCGAGACCAGGGGACACCACAGUUUUCAGACCAGACAACCGUUACUGUAUACGUACUCGACGUCAACGACAACACACCAAACUUCACUCAAACGUCUUACAGCAUCACAAUUGAAGAAAAUCUAGCCCAGGGUACAAGCAUUUUAACCGUCAGUGCUACAGAUAACGAUUUGGGUACCAAUGCGGACAUAUCCUACUCCAUAUCUACUACCAGCACCUUAGGGUUACAGUUCUACAACAUUGACUCAACGUCUGGGCAAAUCUCAGUAAAGGAAGCUAACGACAGAGAAACGUUAGACUUUGUGCAGAUGUUUCUGGUGGCCACAGACGGAGGGUCUCCUCAGCUCAGCUCAUUGGUUGAGGUGAACGUGUCGAUCUCUGACGUCAACGACAACGCACCAAUCCUGGUGCAGACGUUCUUUAGUCUGGAGAUCCGUUACGACAGUAGCAGUCUCACCAACUUGGAUACACUCAGCGCGACGGACGUCGAUCAAGGCAUUAACGGAGAGAUCCAGUACUACCUGCUAGACUACACCAACCUCUUUCACGUGGACCUACUGUCCGGACACUUCCGUAAGAAGGACAACUCCACCCUACUAGAGCCGGACUUCAAGUACGUCAUGACCGCCGUGGCCAGGGAUGCAGGUUCUCCGGUCCUGACGUCCGACCCAGCGACCCUCCGUGUGGACACGUUCCGUCCGGAGGAGUGUCUGGUGGACAUGGUGGUGGCGCUGACGUAUGACCAGUUCUUACAGGUCCAGGAUUCCUUCAUCGCGGCUCUGACCGCAGUGUUCGCGCCAGGAAGGAUCGGAGUCUCAGACGUCACAACCAGCAGUGGCACCAGUCGGAGACGUCUGCUACAAUCUGACUCCGUCACCGUGUCCGUGUACGGGGUCGCCAACAGCCUCACCGACUCGGCGUCCGGUCUGUCGGCGGCAAAAUCCUUCAUGUCUGCCGACGAGAUUCUGGAGGUGGCCCAGCUGGACGAUUCGGGAACUCCUAGCGCCGCCAUUUCUGGCCAAGAGUUCUCAAACUUCCCAGUGACACAGGUUUCACGGUCGAUUGACAACAGUGUGACGACGGCUGCUACACCUUUUGUGCAGACCCCCGCCGGAAUAGCUGUGUUGACCAUCAGCGCGGUGGUGGGGCUCAUACUCCUCAUCCUAUUAGUCGUCUGCUGUGUAGGGUUUUGUAAGAGGAGAAAUAAAAACAAGGUGGACAAGUAA